UCGUCAAAUGUUGGCGGUUGAAGUUAAAUUUAAUAACAUUUACUGAUUUAGGCUAAUGUCGAAAAUAAACUGAAAGAGUGAAUCAUUUGAAUGUUAAUAAGCUUAAAAAUUAAACUGUUUUAAUGACAGAACAUUGCUCGAGAUCAUGAAGAGAUCAUCUUUGCUGAGUAGCACGGGAAAGACUGGACGUUACUUUGGUGGCAGAAGUGAUGCGGGAAAUUUCUUACCGGGAAGUACCCAAAAAAAUAGCAACAGUGUCAGAAAAUCUGGACGUUCUAGAACUUCAUCAACGAGCAACAACAAUUUGUUUGGAGCUGUUGGAGGAGCGAGACAAAGGUCAUCCUCUGCAUCCAACAGCAGUGGUUUCAGUUUGUACGGCAGGAAUCGUCCUGGAAGUUUUACAGGGAUAACCAAGGUGUCAAAAGACCCACGACCUUUAUCAAACCGAGCAUAUCAAAGUAAAUCUAUCCAUAAGCUGCUCGAGUUUUUAUCAGAUCAGCAGUAUUCGUACCAGUUGUCAGAAAGGUUGCUUUCAAGUCCAUCAACCAAAGAUUUUGUUAGGAUUUUUGAGUUUUUGUACCGUUUCUGGGACGCCAAGUACACUGCAUCUAACAGACCCGAAGAUGAGGUCCCUCAGUUAAUGAAAAGGCUCGGAUAUCCCUUUCCCAUUGCCAGGUCUAUGCUUAUCACAAUUGCCAGGCAUUCUUGGCCCUCUCUUCUUGGUGUUCUAGUGUGGCUAGUUGAACUCAUUAUGUUCUGUGAAAAAAUUAAUGUUACUGACAUGUUGUGGCCAAGAAAUGACUUCGAGGAGGAGGGUAUUAACGUGAAACAGGUACUUUUUGAACACACAGCAGCCAGUUAUCAGAACUUCAUGGAUAAUGAAAGUGAUGACGUUGAAGAGAAAGAAAAAUUUCUUCGAACACUAGCGGAGCGUUACUUUGGUGGAGAGAAGUGUCUCGAGAUGUUGAGAGAAGAAUGCGAAGAUUUAAAUAAUAAGCUAAUGAAAAAAAAUGCUGAAGUG